AUGUCUUUGCUCCUUCAACAUCGCUACCACCAUCAAGCACUCCCAACCACAUCAUUGACAUCGGGCUGGAUUACAAAAUUAUUUUCUAAUAUUCGUUCCACACGUUUAAUAGCUUCCGAUCAGCCCAUUCUUCAAAUCAUUGAUCAUCCACAACUCUAUUCCGAUAGUGUUCAUUAUUUUGUAACAGUGAGCGAUGGAAUUCAUUCCUUGCCAAUAAUUAUUCAAAUAUCGGGUUUUAGUUUCAAUAUCAAGUACAAGGAUUGUAUUAAAUUAUUGAAUGGAUAUAUUGUUAGCGAUCUUCGUCAACAUCAAAGAAGAACCAUCAAAGUAACUGCAUUCCAAGUCAUUUCAACCAAUGAACAAACUAUUCAUGGAUUUCCAAAACCAUUUUCACAAAAUGCGCCUGUAGAAGAGAGCACAUCUUGGUAUCAUGUGAAAUUAGAUCCACCUGUGAAAGAAGCUAUCUUGAGUUUAGAGUUUAGCCCUUCCGUUAAGAAUUUAUUUUGUGUCUCCUCAUUGGAUCAACGAACCUAUUUCGGAAGAAUUACUCAAGAUGAAGUACAAACUGAUCAGAAACCGUUCCAUGUCGAGCUGAUGAAUUACACACACCCCGAUCCUGUACUCAACGCAACGAUGAGUGUAGACAAUUUUGUGUAUUCAUCGUGUAUUCAUGAAGGACAAAGUGGUUCUCUUUUUAAAAUUGAUUUUGAACAAUCACAACUCAUUUCAAAAACUCCUUCAAAAUCACCAAUUUUUAAAUCAAAAUAUUCUUCGGAAAUGAAUGCCUUAGUUGGAUGUUCUUGGAUGGAGAAGUGA